AUGGAUAGCUGUCACACAUAUUACAGAAAUCAGAUAUUACCUCAUCAUAGGCAAGCAAGUGCUCGAGCUUUGGGGCAAAUUUUGAGGACCAAAUUCAUUUUAGUUGAUCGUGUUUAUCAACCGAAGGAGAUCAUUGUUUAUAUCGUCGACCGAUAUAAAAUUGAUAUAUCAUACGCACAAGCAUGGCGGGCGAGAAAUUGGGCACUUCAAUCAUUGAGGGGGACACCAGAAGAGUCGUUUAUGUUAUUGCCAGAGUAUUGUCUCAAUUUAGAGCGUUGCAAUCCAAGGACGGUGACACAUAUACUAACGGAUGAGGAGGAUCGAUUUAAAUACUAUUACAUGGCAUUCGGUUGUAGUAUCCGUACAUUUCAGCAACAUAUUCGAUCGGUUAUUUGUAUUGAUGCUGUUUUCUUGAAGGGUCGAUAUCUAGGUCAACUAUUUAUUGCUGUCGCAUUAGAUGAGAAUAAUCAAAUAUAUCCACUUGCUUUUGGGAUUGGUCCCAGGGAAGAUCAUGACAAAUGGUGCUGGUUUUUAACAAAGCUGAGGGAUUGUAUUGGUGAGGUACCUCAUUUGGCCAUCAUUUCAGAUCAACAUGUCAGCAUAUUUUCUGCAUUGGCUGAAGUUUUUCCUGCCAAGGCGUACACUGAAUUUGAAUUCCAACAGGUCAUUAAGUUACUGUCCCGUUUGCACCCUGAGGCAACUGCAUACCUGUGUGAAGUGGGUUUUGAUCGAUGGGCACGAGUAUAUUUUCCAGGCCAUAGGUACAAUGUAAUGACUACCAAUAUUGCUGAGUCAUUUAAUGUCUUGGUCAAACACGCUCGAGGUUUACCUAUUACUAUGCUGAUCGAGUUCAUUAGAGAUGCUUGUACCAGUCCAGUCACACCUUGGGUUGAAGAUAAGAUCGCAAAACGUGUACGGAAGUCUUCGAAUUUAGAAGUGCAUCCUAUAACAACUGAGCGAUACCAGGUUCUUGGUAAUGGCCAAUAUGAUGCCCUGGUAGACCUGACGGAGUAUACAUGUACUUGUAGAAAAUUUCAAUUAUCAAAGAUUUCAUGCAUGCACGUUAUUGCUGUAGCCAGAUAUAUGAAGCUUACAACCUGCCUUCAAUGGGUGCAUUCAUACUACAACACAACUUUUUAUCGAACAGUUUAUGCAGACGCAGUCAAUCCAUUGGGAGAUCAGUCAGAGUGGCUUCAUCUGGAGGAGGCAACUAUUAUCCACCCACUAUAUGUGCAUCGUCAUCGUGCAGGGCGUCCAGCAAAUAAAGCAGAUGUCCUUCUCAAGGAGAGGUUGUUGAACAACUUAUCUGUAGCCGAUGUCACCAACCUGGACAUACAAGACAGAACUGCAGAAGCCCUGUUCCAAUACCUAGUUUUGUACCAUCAAGUUCAGGAAGAAAGAAGAAAGAUGGGAAAUAAAUACACUUGUUAUUUGUACUUGUUAAUUUUAAUAUAA